CACCUCACUCUCGCCUCUUCUCUUCACUUUUCUCUUUCCAAACCACCCACCCACCCGUCAUGCGCAGUCUAUCCACCACAGUCACUCUUUUGUCCCUCUCCGCCACUGCCCUUGCUGGCAGCUCAUGCAUAGCAUUCGACACUACAUGGAACUUGCUUGCCUUUGGUUUCAAUGGCAAAGACUUUAAUGCUGGAACAUCCACGUCUUGGUCGUCUGGGUCUGCCACUGACAUCACCGCCACGGGUCGUCCACCAUUCAAUGGCAAUAACACCAAAUGUUACUUGGCAGAGUUCUUCAACGCUAUCUACGUCCUUGGCGCCGACACAUCGAAGCCGUCUGACAUCUACAUCUACGACGCUUCAGCCAAAAGCUGGUCAACGCAAGCUAUCACUGGUGGCCCCGACAUGACCAACUAUGAGGCCAUUCUGGAUCACGAUACCAACGUCUUCUAUGCGUUGUCAAAGGGUGAAACGUUUUCGCUUGACAUGGCGUCUCUCAAGGCCGCGCAAUCGUCGUCGAUCGCAUGGAUAGACCAAGGACCCGCCGGAAUCACGACGACGAAUUACGAUCCGGUCAUGGCCAUCGCUCAAAACCACAUCUACCUGUUCGGUGUUCCGAAUGUGCCUGCUGGCAACGCGGCUAUUUUCGUCAUCCACUUUGCAUUCUGGCAGCCAGGCUCGCAAUCGUACAACGGGAACUUCCCAGACACGCAUGGACAGGCGACCAGCUUCUUCUUGGAUUCGGUUGUCCAAGAGAACAUCGCUUUCAUUCCGGAUGACGGAUCCGCGACGUACAUCGUCAAUGUGCAGUUCAACACAACCAACACCAUGGCCGGUCCUUCUACUGUCGACUCGAAGGCAGUGUACUUCGCCUCGGAGACCGCCCUGGUUCAGCUCGCUUCCUCGGGGGCCGUUUCCUGGAUUCCUUACAACCCGACGGAUGCCUCGGCCAACUCGGCCGCCAAAUGGAGCACCGUUCAGAACCUGGCAGCUGUUGCUCCCGCCGGCAGCGGCUCGUCUGCUAGUUCGUCGGCGUCGGGCGGCAGUGCGUCGACGCCUGCCGCUGGUUCGCCGGCAUCUCAGACUGCCGGCGCUGCGUCGAAGGGUGCCAGCGCCUCUGCCACCGGAUCAGCGAGUCAGCCGUCGGGUAGCAGUGCUGCGUCCCGAUCCGUCAUUGUCAGCUCCGGGAGUGUGCUGGGCAUGAUUGCUGUUGCGCUGUCGUUGUUUUGAGAGUUGUUUUCUUUGCAUGGUACAUUCAUAGGACUAGCAUACACCAUGGACCACGUGUCUAUCCCCAGGACUAUCAUAUCACUCUGAAGCUAUAAUUAUUGUCCACUGGGGAACUGCCGGUUACAUUA